UAAUGGAUAUUAAGUGGAUGUCUUUUGGGGAAAUGAAUGGGGUCGCGCGCAGAUCUGUGGGGUGUCGCAAGCGCUCGUGCACGGCAGCAUCAUCACGCGCAGCAUCUUUCGCCCACCGAUAUCAUUGUUUCUUCUCAGACAACAAGAGCGUUUACUACCGCGUUGCAUCUGGAUAUUCUGCUCUCCUGGAUAACCGUGAGGGUAUUUGUGCGGCUGGAUUGGAGUGUUUUCAUGGAAAAUGGCGAGAUGGGCUCACGCAUGUCUGCUGCUGAUGAUGGGGAUUUUCAGCGGAUCGUGGACCGCAGUGGACGCACUCACAUUUCCACAGCAUUACACGAUCAUGCACUGGGCUCGUCGCAUUGAACAGGAGAUUGACAGAGUCCUGCAGCACAUCAGUGGCGCUCAACAACUGAAAGGGAUCUACAGUGAGAAGAGAAGGCAGUUCAGUCUGGUCAGAAAUAACCCUCGAGAAAUCAUAGAGAAAGUUGCGACUGACAUCGAGAGACUGCUGGCCAAGAAACGCAAAGCGCUUGAGAAACUUGCGAGUGAAGCAGAGCGUCUUCAGAAAGAUCAUCGGUGGCAGGAUGGAAUCAAGGAGGAAAAUAUUGAAUAUUAUAACUCUAAAGCAGAGAUGGACUAUGACGGUGAGGACAUUGACUCCCAGAUGUCGUUGAAACUGGAGUUUGUGUAUGAUCCGAACUUCAAAAACCAUGUGAAUUACUCACACACCGCCGUCCAGAUCCCCACAGACAUCUACAAAGGCGCUCCGGUGAUUCUGAACGAGCUGAACUGGACACAGGCGUUAGAGCGAGUCUUCAUAGAGAACAGCAGAGACGACCCAUCGUUGCUCUGGCAAGCAUUUGGUAGUGCCACCGGCGUCACAAGAUACUAUCCAGCUGCUCCCUGGAGAGCGCCAGAUAAGAUCGACCUUUAUGAUGUACGACGCCGACCAUGGUACAUUCAAGGAGCGUCCUCGCCCAAAGAUAUGGUCAUCCUCGUAGACGUGAGCGGAAGCGUCAGUGGACUCACUCUCAAACUGAUCAAAGCUUCGGUCAUGGAAAUGCUCGACACACUCUCAGACGACGAUUACGUCAAUGUGGCCAGGUUCAAUGAGAAGGCCGAGGCAGUGGUGCCCUGUUUUAAGCACCUGGUUCAGGCGAACGUGCGCAAUAAGAAGAUCUUUAAAGCAGCUGUGCAGCAGAUGCAGGCCAAAGGAACCACCGAUUACAAAUCCGGCUUUCACUUCGCCUUCAACCAGCUGCUCAAUAAGACGAAUGUUCCUCGAGCCAACUGUAAUAAAAUCAUCAUGUUAUUUACUGACGGAGGGGAGGACCGAGCUCAGGACAUCUUUGAGCAGUACAACUGGCCCAAUAAGACGGUCCGUGUGUUCACGUUCUCGGUGGGGCAGCACAAUUAUGAUGUCACUCCGCUGCAGUGGAUCGCAUGUGCUAAUAAGGGAUACUAUUUUGAGAUCCGCUCCAUCUGUGCUAUAAGGAUUAACACCCAGGAAUAUCUGGACGUGUUGGGCCGCCCCAUGGUUCUGGCAGGAAGAAGUGCCAAGCAGGUGCAAUGGACCAACGUCUAUCAGGACGCGCUGGGUCUGGGGCUGGUGGUGACGGGGACGAUGCCGGUGUUCAACCUCACUGUGGACGGAAACUCUCAGAAUCAGCUGAUUUUAGGGGUGAUGGGGGUUGAUGUUCAUCUGGAUGAGCUGAAGAGACUCACGCCACAAUACAAGCUGGGAGCAAACGGAUACAUCUUUGCCAUCGACCCAAAUGGAUACGUGCUGAUGCAUCCGAACUUGCAGCCUCGAGAAGAGGAUUUGCCAGAGCCCGUGACGCUGGACUUCCUGGAUGCAGAAGUAGAAGACAGCAGCAAAAAGGAGAUUCGUCGGCAAAUGAUUGAUGGCCGAACGGGAGAGAUGACAAUCAAAACUCUAAUUAAAUCAAUGGAUGAGCGCUACAUUGACGAGGUCACGCGUAUGUACAGCUGGACGGCCGUUAACGACACUGAUUACAGUCUGGGUCUGAUGAAUUCAGCAAAACGUUUGUCUCCAGUCAUGAAUCCAUCAGUGAACUGUGAGAAGCUGAUGACUGAAUGUUUUGUAAUGGUGCUCACAGGUGAUCAGGGUCUCAUUCAUAAUCUGAUCUUGGAUUCUGGGAUCCUGUGGAAUCUCGCGACACGCGUUUGGCAGAACAAGGAUCUCAACACGUAUGGCUUCCUGGCGCUGUUCGCAUCUACCAAUGGAGGCGUUACACGCGUUUACCCCAACAUAGCUGCUGAAUCAUGGGACGAGGAUCCCGAACCUCUGAACUCAAACUUCUACCGUCGCACUCUGGACAACAAAGGCUACAUCUUCAGGGCGCCGACACGAACCUCUAUGGAUGAUCUGUUAAUCUCAGAGAACGGCACUGUGGGGAUUUUGGUCACCACGGCCGUGGAGGUUGUGAUCGGGGGCAAAACCAUGAAGCCUGCAGUGGUCGGCGUCAAACUGGAUUUGGAGGCCUGGGUCGACAAGUUCAAGAUCCUCGCCAGCAACAUAUCAGACAGCAGACAGGCCGCACAUAAGUGCGGCCCCUCCAGAUCCUGUGAGAUGGACUGUGAAGUGAACAGCGAUGAUUUGUUGUGUUACCUGAUCGAUGACGGAGGUUUCCUGGUGAUGUCCAAUCAGAGAGAUCACUGGAAGAAGGUGGGUUUGUUCUUUGGCGAGGUCGACCCCUACCUGAUGUUCGCCCUCUACAACAACUCAAUCUACGCCCGUCAUCAGACCUUCCAGUAUCAGUCAGCCUGCGAGCCAAUGGCCAGCAGCCACACGGGAGCCGCGCACAGAGGAUUCUACGUGCCCUCCAUUGCUGAUUUUCUCAGUCUGGCCUGGUGGACGUCAGCAGCGGCGUGGUCUGUUCUGCAGCAGUUCCUGUAUGGACUCAUCUACAGUAGCUGGUUCACCACAGAAGAUGUCUGGGCUGAGAGUUCGGACACUAAAGGGAGCAGCAGCUGUGUGACGGUUCACAGUCAGUUCUACUUCACCAACACCACCAACUCCUUCAACGUGCUGCAGGAUUGUGGGAACUGCUCCAGGUUGUUCCACGCCAAGCGUAUAGAAAACACGAACCUGUUGUUUGUGGUGGCUGAGACUCUGCCCUGCAGCUCCUGCGAGAUCGAGAAACUCCUCCCUGUCAGAACAAAGUCUCAAGAAGAGAAUCCAUGUGAGGUGUUAAACUCCGCCCGCUAUCGGAAAGGCCCUGACAAAUGCUUCGACUACAACACAGAGGAGAACACAUCGGAGUGUGGCAGCGCUCACUCUUUACACUGUCCGAUGCGAGUUCUGCUCUGGAUUCAGUUAUUGUCGCUUUACCUCAUUCUACUAUCGUAAUCUGAGUCCCACUGCCUUCGGUGUUCCUGUCCCUCAUCCGUACGCCACUCCGGUCCUGGUUUUCCGGCUCUCUGUCUCAUCGUGAGGUGCAUUCCAGCUGUGUGCCAUUACAGCAGAGCAUGAUGGGAAAACGUGUCUUAGUAACCCCGACAUUGUGCAGAUCCAAAAAAACAAAACUGUCUUAAAUCAUUUCACCUUUAUAUUCGUAAAACGUCCAAAAAAUGUAUUUUUGCUUGCCAAAAACAGGAAAGGACCUGGUUUGUUUCAAAAUACUGGAACACGACACGAGUUUUGACGGUUAUUAUCACAAUCUCGCAUUGUGUGUUUAUUUGAGUCUUGCUUCAUUCUCAAUUUAGUGCCAAACCCUGACGUAUGUGAAUGCUCAAACGCUGGGGACUCGCAGCUUUCAUUGAAAUAUUGUUUUUUGAAGCUUCCUUACCAAGAGAGAAUGUUGUAUUAUUAUCGCAAACGGCUUCGUUUAGGAAAAAAAUAAAAAGAUUUAGAUUUUGUUUCGUGUUCAUUUAGAGCUUUUGUCGAAAGUUUUAAGGGCAUAUAUUGUGUCUAAAAAUUGCUGCCUGGUUUGUUACCCAACAGUGCCUUGGCGCACUUGUCCGAAUGGACCAACAAUAGCACUGGACGUGGAUUCGACUGACCCUGAAUGAAUGCUGGAGAAAUAUACGGUAUUGAAUGUUUACAGUAUAAGGGUGAAUGUCAUGAAACCUGGCAAAAGUUCAUAUUUCACCCCAAAAUCAAAAGAUAUAAAUAGGAAAUGUCAUAUAAAGAAAAUGAAGCAUAUUUUUAGGACCAUUAAGAUUUCAAAAGCACAUUUUCCCUCCAAAUCUCAUUACCGUAAUGCGAAAAAACACUUUUUCUUAUUACUGUAAUGUGGGGAUAAAAAUAUUUUAACAAUAUGGUAGCAUUUGUUACACUGCCUUAAUUUAUGAUUAUUCAAAUAGUAAAAAAAACAUUAAAAUAAUGUCACAAUGCAAAAAAAAAAAUAUCCAAUGUUCCU